UCCCUGCCUCCCCCUCCCCACCAUGUAGAAGAUGGCUGGUUCCCUUUUGCUGGAGUGGCCUGGAAGGAAAAAUCAGACGGGCACCCCGAAUCUACAGCUUCCUGGUGCCCCCACAUCUUCAGUCUCCAGCUGGGGUACCACUGGGAUCCGGCAGCUGAAUAGUCAUCCCCGCGUUUCCAUUUUCCCAUACACCCCCUACCCUUUUGGAACCUUCUCCCACCCAUUUUUCUUUCCCUACCUGCCAUCUAAAUACCCAUCAAGCCUGGCCCCCCUAAAAUUCCCUCUUAUUGGAAAUGGAGCAGCACAGAAGGAGAAGGAGGCGCUGACCAAAGGCUAGUUGGAGCCGGCCUCCAACAUGGCUAAUGGCAGUGAGUCUGAGGAGCUGCCUGGCUCUCUUACCCAGUCAACAGCAAUCUCAACCCAUCUCAAACUAGUGUUACUGGGUUUCAUUAUAUGUGCCAGUCUAGCGGGUAACCUACUGGUUUCACUGCUAGUGCUAAAAGACCGCUCCUUGCACAAGGCUCCUUACUACUUCUUGUUAGAUCUCUGUCUAGCCGAUGCCGUCAGAUCAUCUGCCUGUUUCCCAUUUGUCCUACUCUCCAUCCGCAAUGGUUCAGCCUGGGCCUACAGCCUCCUAAGCUGCAAGGUUGUGGCAUUCAUGGCAGUUCUUUUUUGCUUUCACGCCUCAUUCAUGCUUUUCUGCAUUAGUGUUACUCGCUAUAUGGCCAUUGCCCAUCACCGAUUCUAUUCCAAGAGAAUGACGCUUUGGACGUGCAUUGCAGUUAUCUGCAUGGUCUGGACACUCUCAGUUGCUAUGGCCUUUCCACCAGUCUUUGACGUGGGUACUUACAAAUACAUCCGUGAAGAGGACCAGUGCAUAUUUGAGCAUCGAUACUUCAAAGCCAAUGAUACCCUUGGAUUUAUGCUCAUGUUGGCGGUACUGAUCGUUGCUACUCAUAUUGUCUAUGCCAAACUACUCCUCUUCGAGUACCGCCAUCGCAAAAUGAAGCCUGUGCAGAUGGUGCCAGCCAUUAGCCAAAACUGGACAUUCCAUGGGCCGGGAGCUACAGGGCAGGCUGCUGCCAACUGGAUUGCUGGAUUUGGAAGGGGGCCAAUGCCACCUACUUUGCUGGGUAUACGUCAGAACACCCACACUGCCAAUAGGCGUCUAUUGGGGAUGGAUGAGUUUAAAAGUGAGAAGAGGCUGGGUCGGAUGUUUUAUGGAAUAACCCUGAGCUUUUUGGUGCUUUGGUUACCCUAUAUCGUGGCCUGUUACUGGAGGGUGUUUGUCAAAACCUGUAUCAUCCCUAAUCGCUACUUGUCCACUGCAGUGUGGAUGACUUUCACUCAGGCUGGGGUAAACCCUAUCAUGUGUUUCCUACUCAAUAAAGACCUGAAAAGCUGUCUUCAGCUCCACAUCCCCUGCUGGAGGACGAAAGCCUUGUUACCCAGGGAGCCUUACUGUGUGAUGUAAAAGGGAAACCAUUGCACUCCCAACCUCACAUUAACCUCAGUGAUUGGGAGAUGUGGAUUUACCGGGUCAGGUCGGCGUGGCCGAGAAGGAGUUGAUCUGCUGGACCAUGUUAACAGCGAAGACACAAAAACAUCGAGAUGAAAGACCAUAGCUUUCUUUUUAAAAAAACAAAACAAAAAAAAAAAUUACAAAGAAAUGUUUCUUUUAUAGCGAUGUCAUUGACAAAAGGACUUGGCGGGUGGGGGGUCCGGGGUGCGUGAGGAUUUCUGGAUUGUCUCUUUUUUUAAUCAAGCUAAGUGCAUAAAGGGAGAGGGGUGAAGGCUGGGGAGGGGUGGUCAUGGAGGGUAUGCAAUGUGUGUUUGGUGGGAGGGAAAGGGGAAGCUGAUGGGA